ACGCCUAACGGCUCGUAAAAUUACGUAUAACAAUUUCCAAAUAUCACUCCUGGUAUUUAUGCCAAAUAUCACUACAAAUCAUGCUAUUACCUACACCAACAUCGUAAGAUUACGACGGUCGUAUUGUACUUAGAAUUACAAAUUAAAACUCAAACUCACACACAAAUUCCUCAUUUCUUUAGACAAAAUGCUGAAAAACCAUUAGGCGUUUAGGCCUUCCGUCCAUUUAGACUGCAAAACAGUCGGUUUUUUUCUCAAAAUCAGUAAAGAAAUCGGUAAAGCGUGGCGUAAGGGUCUUACGCGCGCGAAGGGCUCUCCCCAGUCUCGCUCUCUGAUUUCAGCCUCAUUCCAGACUUAUGCUUGACUGCUCGCGCGUACUUGAAUACGCAAAAAUACGGACUGUUUUGCAGUCUACCGUCCAUUCUAAAGGUGAUGUUACAGGAGACGAUUCGUAACGACGAUUUUUAGCACAACACAGCGUUGCAACAUUGUUGCGACAUUGUUUUGAAUACUUGCAACAUUGUUUCAACAUUGCAACGCUGUGUUGCGCCAAAUAUCGUCGUCGUUGCGAAUCGUCCGGUGUAACAUCACAUUAAGGUCAUGUCCACACGAAUCCGAACAGAAAUCGUGUUGACAGGGUCUUAAACCACGGUGGAGAGCGGUUUAAAAAAGAUACGGUUUCGGUGACCGGAUUCACUGGUUUCCUGUGGACGAAAGGCCGAUUCGGGUAAAAAGGACGCGGUUUCGAAUUUACCCGUAUUGGUGUGGACGGCGCCUAACGCGCCGAGCGUCUUUUUAUCGAAAAUGCAUCGCGGAUUUGAAAAAGUUCUUGAAAGUGGAUCAAAAGAAAAACGCAUACAUAUUGUAUGUAAGUGUAUAAGGUCGAAAACGUCGAAAACGCAUCAAAAUGAAAACAAUGACCCAGUGGACAAAAAUCGCCGGCAAACGUGAAAACAACAAGAAAAAUGCAAAAAAGUCAGUUAUUGUAAAGGCAUUGGCCGGGGAAACCUUUUAAUCUCAAUGAGCCAAAAAAGGAAUAGAAUAACGUCUUAAGUUAACGACAAUUUUUAUGGUAAACUCUCGCGCAGAAAAUCGAUUUUUCAUAAAAUGCUAGGGGUAUUGAUCAAAGAAACCGUGAUUACAAAUAAGUCGCUGACGUUUCGUGCCUUUGUGUUAACAUCAAUAGAACGACUUUUUUUGCAAGAAAGUUAUAAAAACAGAAGUGCUUGAAAAAAUAAAUAAAUAAAACAGAAAAAAAUAUUUUCUCACAUUAGUCGUCUAUUUAUUUACUUAUUCAUUUGUUGUUUGUUUGUUUGUUUGCUACUUUUGGCGCCUCAGCGAGCAACUAAUGUCAGUAUUCGAACGAUGCAAAUCAAAUGCAAAGUCUGAUUCUAUGAAGCGGAUAACAACAAUUGAUCAGAAACAUAAUCUCUGAUUCAGCUGUUGUUCGCAGUUAAUAACUAUACAAUAAUUUAUUUCAGCAAAACCAAAAGCACUUUUUCUUCAAAAGUGAGACUCCACAAAUUCAAGUAAUGAUUCUGGGGUACACCGUGCAAACAGUGUAACUUUCUAUUAAGUCGGACUAUUUUAAUUUGGUUGACAAGUUUUGAUUUCGUUUGUACUUUUUAAAGAUGGUAAUUACUUUAUAUAUCCUUUGUGGAUACUUUAAAACUUGGCUGGACAUUUUAAGUUGCCGAAAGCUUAUUAUUAAGGUAGGUCGGGUUUCUUUAUUACUGAAAGUACAUAAAAUAAUUUAAUCCAUUGAAACUAAUAAAAACGGAACCCAAACCAACUGUCUUUCUCACACGGAAGACAUGGACACAAAUGCGACUGAUCGGCAAGAAGGCAAAGAGCCUGUAACCGGAGAAGCCUUUGCAGUGCUUGUCUUCAUCACAGUCGCAAGCAUUAUAACUUGUCCUCUGACAACUAUUCUCAAUGUACUGAUCAUAAUCUGUGUAAAAACCAAGUCUGCUCUGAGAACCCAAUCCAACAUUACAUUGGCUUGUUUGGCGAUCACCGAUGUCGUAAUGGGUGCAAUUGGACAACCUGCUUUUAUCUCUUGGUUGAUAGCACGCGGACAAGGGGACGACGCUCUGUGGCAAACACUUUUGUGCCACUUUAUAUUUAGACUGUUAACUUUUUCAUCACUCCUUCACAUGGUUAUGAUAAACCUGGAGCGCUACAUAGCGAUCAAACAUACUUUACAGUACACAAGCAUCGUCACGGAAGUUCGUUUAAUAUAUUUAUCCGUUUUUCUUUGGAUCAUGUCAUUGGUACUGACUUUGCUUAUAUCAUUUUUAGUAUAACAGGGAUUAUCAGCGUAAUCACGGCGCUAGCCAUUGUUGUAUUCUUCCAAGUUGUGCUUUACCGCGAGGCUCGCCGCCACGAAAAAGAAAUUGCAAAUCAGCAAGUUUCAGCGGAAGUUAAACAAAAGAAAUUGAAGGAGAAGAAAGCUCUAAAAACAACAACAACUGUGCUCUUUUUCUUAAUGCUGAGUUUUUUACCUCUCCUUUUCGUCAGUUUACUAGGCAGUAACGACGUUGUAAAAUCAGUUAAUUUACGGAAAAUUCUCGCCUUUACAGCGUUCUUGACAAUUACAGCCAACUCACUAGUAAACCCUAUAAUUUACUGUGUCAGAGUAAAACAAUUUCGCGUUGCGUUCAUCGAGCUGAUAUUUGGAAAAACUCAUACACAAGCGGAGGACAUUGAAAAGCGAGCAUUU